UACCGGAAGCGGAAACUCCUUCGUCGCUGCAGCUACGAGAAAAUAUCCAGGCGAGGUGGUAGAAGCUAGCACAGAUACCGAAGAGCAUUAAUAUAACGGUGAAAAAAAUCAUAAUGGCUCUUGAAUCCCGGAUUACGCAGGAAGAAAUUAAGAAGGAGCCAGAGAAGCCCAUUGACCGAGAGAAGACCUGCCCCCUUUUGCUGCGUGUUUUCACCACCAACAGUGGUCGCCACCACAGAGCAGACGAAUUUAACCGUGGCAACGUUCCCUCCAGCGAAUUGCAGAUAUACACAUGGAUGGAUGCUACUCUGAAGGAGCUAACUAGCCUGGUGAAGGAAGUGUAUCCAGAGGCCAGAAAAAAAGGGACCCACUUCAGCUUUGCCAUUGUCUUCCCCGACCCCAGAGGGAAAGUGUACAGGUUGAAAGAUAUUGGCAACACUGUAUCUGGCAGGAAGGGCGCGGAUGACUCCAUGACGUUGCAGUCUCAGCGCUUCCAGAUCGGAGACUAUCUGGACAUCGCCAUCACACCACCCAACAGGGCCCCACCUCUGAACACACGCAUGAGGCCAUUCUGAACAUAAACACAGAUACAUAAACCAACACCCAACAACCGUAGUUUGUUUUGUUUAUCCCUUUCAAUUGCAUCAUCUUGGAUGCUUUAUGCCUCAUUUUAUAGAAUGUGACGUGAAAUAAAAGUUGUAAUUUUU